GCGUCUUCAUGGAUCGUGGAUGCAUUCAAUCAAUAUCGCUCACCAGCGUUGGUUCCUGCUCGCAGGUCGGAGGAGGACCGACAGCUCUCGUCACUGCUCUCGUUCUCGCUCAGCACGGCACCCCUGUCCGCGUCAUCGAGAAAGAACUGGGUCUGCAGGCAGGAGAACGGGGCCCAGGUAUUCAGCCGCGAUCUCUCGAACUGCUCCAGUUCGCUGGAAUCCUUGAUGACUACUUAAAAAUUGCGAGGCCUGUACCGCAGGUUCGCAUUUUCAAGGACGGCGUGCCGGAGCCCGUCAUCGCCUCGCUCUCCCAAGAGAUGGAUCCCACACCUGCACGCCCAUUUACUGAGAUGAGGAUGCUGGGACAGUCACGCUUUGUAGCCCUCCUCGCGGAUAUCUUAAAAACCUACGGCGUUUAUAUCGAGACCGGGACUGCGCUUCGUAGUUUUGAGCAGGAUGAGGCUGGGGUGACAGUGCAUAUUCUCAAGCACGGCGACGAUGGUGAACAGGUGCAAGACACGUUCCGGGUUGGUUGGAUUGUCGGAGCAGAUGGAGCCAAGGGCGCAACGCGAAAACUCCUAAAUCUCUCUUUCAAGGGCGAAGACCUCCAUGGUAGAUGGUUGGUUUGCGAUGUGGAGCUUGAAAAGCCAUGGACGGAGGCAGAUGCCUACUUCAGCAGCUGGUCCGACUCCAACGGCGUGAUGUGGAUGAUACGACCAACGGCAUAUGAUACCCCCCGUCUGGGGCAGCUACUCGUGGCGGGGGAACAAGUUAACGCAGAGCAUCUCACGACACAUCCCGAGGAUAUUGUGAAAGGAGUGAACGAUGUCAUCCCUCUCCCGUCCGUGAAGGUCUCGAAGGUGUUGUGGGUGUCAGCUCAAUACAGGCCGAGUAGUCGCAUGGUGGAAAAGUUCUCGGAAGGUCGUGUGUUCGUUGCUGGAGAUGCUGCACAUAUCCACCCUCCAAGCGGUGGCCAGGGCCUGAACUCCGGCCUACAGGAUGCCGUGAACAUCGGCUGGAAACUGGCACUGGUUAGCGGUGGUCACGCAUCUCCGUCUCUUUUGUCUAGCUACGACGACGAACGCCAUCCCGUAAUCAGGACGAUGCUCCAACUCACCGGCGGUCUGUACAAGACGACUCGUGAAGAGAAGGACGCGAAGAAAGGUUUCAACAGGAGCACGAAUUUCUACAUGCUCGAUAUCAACUAUCGUUGGAGCGGGAUCGUUAUGGACGACCGUGUGGAUCCGAAUUCUCCAGAGAAGAAAGACACUUCACGAGCGUACACAGGCAAUGAGGACGGCGUGCACGCGGGGGAAAGGGCACCGGAGGCACCCGAGUUGGAGGUAAUUCGAGCCUCGGCGGCGGCGUCUCUUGAAGGCCAAGGACCGACGUCGAUCUUCAAGCUCUUCAAGCUGACGAAGCACACCGCGCUCAUCUUCGUCAAGCAGAACGCCGAUUCCUCCAUCAUCGCUGCGUUCCUGCAGGCUUUAGCUUCGUUCCCUCCAGGGACUGUGCAGACCGCCGUGGUCAUAUCGCCUUCUGUCACCGACGAGCAGAAGGCCACAUUUGCGACGCUGACCGAAGGAGCCGAUGUCGUGCUGCUGGAUAAGGCAGGACACGCGUUCCGCGAGUAUGGGGUCGGGGAUGAUUCUAGUCAGGCGCUGGUGCUUGUCCGACCGGAUGGAUAUGUCGGCGCGUAUGUUUAUGGAACGGAAGGCCUGAAAACGUACACGGAGGCGCUGUUCGGAGGCGCUCCUGUUGUCGCCAAGUCGAGCUGAAUGCUCUGUGGACGAGAGUUGCGUUUCGACGUAUCAUGCCCAGUCAACAAGUGGUAUCUCACAUGGCACUGUCUGUCGGUAGAAGAUAAUCAGAUGAUG